CCCGAGCCAUUUGUGGCUCUUUCACCUCUGUGCUGCGGCUCCCUGUGGCUUUGGGAAAUAAUUGGUCAGUAUUUAAUUAAAAUGUAUUUUAUGUUAGUUUGUUAGCUUUUGAAAUGUAAUUAUGGUGAUCUUGUACAACCUAAGUGUAGCGACACAUUUCCUGCCACAUCCGAAACGGCUCACAAUUAGCCAGCAUUCCGGCUAAGGGAGAUAGCCUACGGGGGUUUGUGAGUACGCGUCUUUUGCAGCAUCUGCGUCCAUGGGGGCUGGGUUGAGGGAGGCUUAAAAGCAAGGCUGUUUAGUUCGAAUAAAGCUAUCUUUGACUGCAGUUUACUGACACCGCUACAACGUGUUUUUAUCGCUGGCUGUCCAGACGGAAGGUGCUGAAACGCUUUGUCGCGUGUCUGGAAGAAGUGAAAACUUUCCUGGGCAGCAAAGGGCUCACCUUUCCUGAGCUGGAACAGCCAGAGUGGCUGGAAAAGCUACACUUCAUGGUAGACAUGACAGCGCACCUGAACACGCUGAACACAGCUCUUCAGGGGAAAGGACGUACAGCCCUGCACAUGUUGGAGGAUGUUUUGGCAUUCGAGCGCAAGUUGACAGUGCUUGCCAGAGAUUUACAGAAAGGCACUUUGUCUCACUUCCCCAAUUUGAGAGAGUUCAAACAAGGUCACGACAUGAUAAUUUCGGAGUAUUUACAUUCUGCAAUCAUCGCAAUGCAAACAUCGUUUGGGAAACGCUUCUGUGAGUUCAGAGAGGAAAAAAACACAUUAUCCUUCCCGGUCACUCCCCUAAGCAUCGAUCCAUCCCUACUGAAUACGACUGCAUUGGCAGGUGUGAGUCAACCUGAUCUUGAGAUGGAACUGGCCGACAUAGCCGACAAAGACAUAUGGGUGUCCAAGUUUAGACGCUUGACAGCAGACCUUGAAGAUGUUGCCCGUCAGAAGGCCGUUCUUGCUCAGAAACACAAAUGGAGUGAUAUUGAAAACCUCACAGAUGACAGCUUGCGAUCCUGUGUAAAGAUGAAGGUGACAUCAUACAUCCCUGAUGUGCAGACGCUGUGCGCUGAGGUCCAGGAGCAGAAAUCCCAUUAACCAAGAUGACAGCUGGCUGACGUUAUUUUUGGUUUGCUGCUGGCGGAAAAUUUAAGUUCGGCGUUUUUCAUAAAUACAAGAAGGACUCAAAUAGACAUUGAAUAUUUUACUUAAAAGUAACUUUCAACCCAACGUCUUUUUUUCGGAGUUCAAAAUGUUUUUGUUGCAUGCAGAAAUGUAAUUUCGUUUUCUCUGCAGGAGUUCAUCAAUUUCAUAAAUGCAACACAUUAUAGUUUGUUUAUACAUAGCAUAAAGGCAAAAAAAACAUUGUAUGCAGUGUUAUUUCAUUUUAAAUGUCAAACGGGUUUUGCGGCUCCCAGUGUUUUCUUUUCUGUGGGAAACGGG